AUGUCUACGCCGUCCGAGCCACCGAGCAGGACCUCGACUCCGCGGUCGUUUACAAACCAGUCCACCACUGCCGAAGAUCUAUUCAAGUCACAAACUGUUGGCUUGGUGAAGCUCUCAGACUACCGAAAGAGACGAGCGGAGGCGCUUGAAAUAAAGGAACGUGAAGCCCAUGACAAGUCGUUAGGCCGGUUUACUCCUGGAGUGUCGAGGAGCGGCACUCCAUCUACAGGAGAUAGGGCGGACGGAGAGCAAAGUAACGCCUCCACCGAACCUUUAAAAAAGAAGAAAAAGAAGACCCGCGUUUUAGCAAAGAGCAAACUAUCAUUUGGUGAUGAUGACGAAGAACCUGGAGCUGAGGAUACCCCGAAUAUAUCCCGCGAUGCAAGUGAGAGUAGAUCUCGGUCAGGCACUCCUCGCGAAUCAAGCCCGAAACCCGCUCGACGGUUGGCUCCAAAUCCACACUUGACACUGCCCCGGCCGAAGCUGGUUACAAAAUCUGCGCUGGAUGCGGAAUCAAAAGCUAGGGAUGCACUCCGUCGAGAAUUCCUAGCUCUUCAAGAUGUGGUCAAAGCUACGGAAAUAGUGAUACCAUUUAUUUUCUACGAUGGAACGAAUAUACCGGCUGGACAGGUCACUAUGAAAAAGGGAGACCCCGUAUGGCUCUUCCUAGACCGUUGUCGAAAAGUCGGCGCAAAACUAGGACUUGCAGGUGCCGGAGGAGCUGCCAGAGGGCGAAAGGACCAUCGCAGAGAAUGGGCAAGAGUUGGAGUUGAUGAUCUCAUGUUGGUUAGAGGAGGAGUUAUUGUCCCUCAUCACUAUGAAUUUUAUUACUUCAUCGCAAAUAGGGUGUCGAAUUUUUCUGGCAACGGUGGGCUACUGUUUGAUUACUCGGAUGCCGCACCGCCAACUGCUUCAGAUGACAAACCCAACUCCACACCCGCACUCGAAGGAGGAGAUAUGGAUCCAACACUUACCAAGGUCGUCGAUCGGCGAUGGUUCGAACGAAAUAAACAUAUAUUUCCUGCGAGCCUUUGGCGCGAAUAUGAACCUGGACCAGAAUUUGAGGAGAAAAUGCGCGGAGUCCGACGGGAUAAUCAAGGAAACGCAUUCUUCUUCUAA